AUGGGUAAUAAUCUGCAUGAACUGUUGGUAUAACGAAAUGAUGCUUUCUUAUGGAGUGUAAAAUAUUUCACCUGUUGAUGUGUUUUUUCUCAGUUUAUGGGUCUUGUAUGCAUCUCUUUGAGGAGUUCUGUUAAGUUAUACAUCUGAAGUAGGCCCAUUAAAGGUAGGCUCCUCCCAUGAUCAUAGCGAAAGGGUAAUCCUUGCUUGUUCUAGCUCCUCUAGUGAGGUGGAUUGCAAGGUGGGAGAAUAUUUUUCAAUUAUGGAUGAACAAGAUAUCAGCCUCUCAUUACUGGUUCUGGAAAUGGGUUCUAAGAAUAUUGGAGGAUGGCUUUGUUGCUUACCCGAAAUUGAAGAGUUUGCAUAUGGAAAGACCAGUGGAUCCGCCCAGUUGAAACAGUCAAACACUACUUCGAAAGUGCUUCCCAUGGGAAGUAAGGAUGCUUCAUUUAUCACACCACAAGUGGAACCACCUGCUAAUUGGGAAGAAGUCCUUGAAGGGAUACGUAAAAUGAGGUCUUCAGAUGAUGCUCCAGUAGAUUCAAUGGGAUGUGAGAAAGCUGGCAGCACUCUCCCACCAAAGGAAAGACGAUUUGCUGUUUUGGUGUCUUCACUACUUUCAAGCCAAACUAAGGAUGGAGUUACUCAUGGAGCAGUGCAAAGGCUACUUCAAAAUGGUCUACUUACUGCUGAUGCCAUUGAAGAUGCUGAUGAGGCAACUAUCAAGGACUUGAUUUACCCAGUUGGGUUUUACACACGGAAGGCUUCUAACUUGAAGAAAAUUGCAAAUAUCUGUCGAAUGAAGUAUGAAGGAGAUAUUCCCAGUUCUUUGGAGGAUUUGCUUUCACUUCCAGGAAUAGGUCCUAAGAUGGCUCACCUGGUUAUGAAUGUAGGAUGGAACAAUGUUCAAGGGAUAUGCGUAGACACUCAUGUGCAUCGCAUUUGCAAUCGCCUUGGGUGGGUAUCGCGGCCAGGCACAAAACAGAAAACUUCAACUCCUGAGGGAACAAGAGAGUCUUUGCAAAUGUGGCUCCCAAAGGAAGAAUGGGUUGCAAUAAAUCCUCUGCUGGUUGGAUUUGGACAGACAGUAUGUACUCCUCUAAAACCUCGAUGUGGCAUGUGUGGGAUAAAUACUUUGUGUCCAUCUGCUUUCAAGGAGAUGACGAGCCCCAAAUCUAAGAAAAGGAGUCCCAGUCCUAUUAAGAAGACAUGAUUGAAUCACCAUUUGAGGGCUUUCCAGAAAUGUUUCUGAAUCAUUUCCCUGGUUGCUUCAUUGAAGGUUGCUGAUUGUUUGCAUGCUUAUGGAUCAUCAACAAUUGGAUGAUCUGAGUUUUGGGUCUACCUUAAUUUGCAAAACUGAUUGGUAUAUUUUUGUGAAUAGCAUGCAUAGACUCCAUAUUUUUGUAUGGGAAGUUGUCUUGAAAUUAUUGAAGUAACAUUGUAAUUUUAAAAUUGCAUACGGAGCCCCUUUUUUCCCGACGGAACCAACGAGCUUAUUUUGUAUCCCUGAGUGCAAACCGGCAUUAUUUGUCCACUCGAAACGACUUGCUAAUGUGAAAAUCAAAUUGGAUGAUGUGUUAUAUUAUUGACUGAUUUGUGAA